AGUUCAAGCUAAUCGGCCCGAAACGAUUCAAACUCUCUUAAAGUAUGAGAAAAGACCUGGUCAAGCGCAAAGCUUUUUUGCUCGAAUCAACAAGGACUUCAGGUGGCCCUCUUCGAUGCCAGAUUACCUCAAAGAUAGUGCCUUCCGUGACAUCUCUGAAGAAGGGCCUGACUUCGAUGCUGAGGUUGGGUUUAACAAAAUAUUCUUUUACGACGCAUUUAACAGAGGUGAAUUUAUUGGACAUGAAAACGAGUGGGUGACGGUAUACGAACAGAAGGUAUUAGAAUACGGGCAAAGUGCUGUUCAAAUCCCUGUUGAUCAGACACGUUUGCCACGUGGUCCACCGAUAAAAAUGUUGUACAGUUCAUCGUCAGAGAUCGAUCGUGUCAGAAGACCCAAUGAAACUUUACUCGCUCUUCUUCCAUAUGAUUUUAUUGACCAACAAAAUGUAUUUGCGCGUGGUGUCAAUUGGAGACAACUACAAAUGGAGCAAAUGGGUACAGGCAAAAUUGGAGUAUGGGAUAAUCGUCUCGGCGAUAAGGUGCAAUAUGCCCUUGUCGGUAAUGAUGUUUCGGAUCUACCAUGA